AAAUGAGAGAAUGAUAAGAGCUAUUGAUGGAAUUAAUUCACAAAAACAGUGGCUAAAAUCUGAUGACAUUAAAAGAAUUUCCCUUUUCUUUCACAAUCAAGAAUUAGAGAAAGAGUAUCGGGCAACUACACUUCCAGCCUUCAAGUACUAUGUCACCUGUGCUUGCCUCAUAUUUUUCUGUAUCUUCAUCGUUCAGAUUCUGGUGUUGCCAAAAACUUCUAUUCUUGGGAUUUCAUUUGGAACUGCUUUCCUUACACUUGUCUUCAUUCUCUUCACCUGUUUUGCAGGACAGCUUCUACAAUGUAGCAAGAAGGCUUCAGCAUCCUUGGCAUGGAUUUUGAAAUCUUCUGAGAUAAUUGCGAACAAACCUUUACCACGGCUUACACUCACAAUGACAACCACCACAGUUAUAUUAGUUAUGGCCAUAUUUAACAUGUUCUUCUUGAAGAAUGCUGUGGUACCUUCUGUUAACAGCACAAAUACAAGUUUUCAAUUUACAAAUGGGAAGGCUCUGUGGUUUGUGCAUAAUGAUUAUUUUUUCUUGCCAUAUUUUCUAUACAGCUGUAUUUUGGGAUUGAUGUCAUGCUCUGUGUUCCUGCGUGUCAACUAUGAGCUGAAGAUGGUUAUGAUGCUGAUUGCUGUGGUAGUUUACAAUGUAAUUCUUCUGCAAACCCAUUCCUCGCUCUUUGAUGACUAUAGCAAAAUGCUAUACACAACUGAAAAGAUGGAGAGACCUGGUGUGCUGAAGGAUCUGAAGACAAUGGGUGUAAUUUCUCUUUUUAUCUUCUUCAUCACACUUCUUGUUUUGGCCAGACAGAAUGAAUAUUACUGUAGGUUAGAUUUCCUGUGGAAGAAUAAAUUCAAAAGAGAAUGCGAAGAGAUAGAAACCAUGGAAAACCUCAACAGAGUAUUGUUGGAAAAUGUGCUUCCUGCUCACGUGGCUGAACAUUUCUUGGCUCAAAACUGGAAAAAUGAAGAUCUUUACCAUCAGUCAUACGAAUGUGUCUGUGUCAUGUUUGCAUCCAUCCCAGAUUUCAAAGAAUUCUAUACAGAGUCGGAUGUAAAUAAAGAAGGCUUGGAAUGUCUACGAUUACUGAAUGAAAUUAUUGCUGACUUUGAUGACCUAUUGUCCAAACCUAAAUUCAGCGGAGUAGAAAAGAUCAAAACUAUUGGGAGCACGUAUAUGGCAGCAACAGGGUUAAGUGCUGCCACAGUUCAAGAGUUCAGCCAGGAAGCAGAUAGACAGUACACACACAUUGGAACCAUGUUGGAAUUUGCAUUCGCACUCAUGAUAAAACUUGAUGUGAUCAACAAGCAUUCUUUCAAUGACUUUAAGUUGCGUAUUGGUAUUAACCAUGGCCCUGUUAUUGCUGGAGUGAUUGGAGCUCAGAAACCACAGUAUGAUAUCUGGGGUAAUAGUGUUAAUGUGGCAAGCAGAAUGGAUAGCACAGGAGUCCUUGGCAAAAUACAGAUAACAGAAGAAACCAGUAACAUCCUACAAACACUUGGCUACAAUUGUACAUGCAGAGGAAUAAUAAAUGUCAAAGGGAAGGGAGAACUGAAAACAUACUUCGUAAAUACAGAAAUGACACGGUCAUUAUCACAAGGAAAUCUGGUGACCUGAUAAACAGAAGAUUCAGCAUCAAAGAUCACAUGUUCAGCAGCAAAGUGUGAUAUGCCUUUGAAAGAGUAUUCUAAAUAUAUAAUUUGUACAUAGUUUGAUUCCAUCUUUAGCUGCACAUUCAUUGCCUAUGUUUUGGAUAUGUAGAGCUACUUGCAUCUAAACUCUUAGGUUUAGAAACUCUCACAUUGGCUGUGGAUACCCUAUUUGCUACAAUUGAGCAAACUACAAGAAUCACGAGGACCUAAUUUUACAAAAGUGUUACACAUUUAAAGUCACAUUGUUUUGUAAUAACUAAUUCAUUAAAAGUUUGUAUGUUGUUUAA